AUGCUGCCAACCCUGCGUAUCACCUUCAUGCAGUCAUUGAACUCCAGGAAGGAGUUGGUGCCAACCCUCUGUAUCUCCUUCAUGUGGUCGAACUCCAGGAGGGUGGACGAGGUUGUGUAUUCAGUCCCUGCUUAUUUCUCCUCGAUACAGACGAACCGGUCGCUUCACUUCCUGGAUGACAGGAGCCCUCAGCAUCCCUUCUUCAUGAUGCUUUCCCCCCCCGCGCCUCACUCCCCCUGGACGGCAGCCCCGCAGUACCAGAAGGAGUUCGGCGACGUUAAAGCUCCUCGAGGCGGGAGCUUUGACAAACCAGGGAAGGACAAACACUGGCUGCUGCGUCAGCCUGUCAGCCCCAUGCCCAAAACCUCCCUCACCUUCCUGGAUAAUGCGUAUAGGAAGAGGUGGCAGACCCUGUUAUCUGUGGACGACAUGGUGGAGCUGCUGGUGAAGAAACUUGAAAGCAUAAAGGAACUGGACAACACCUACAUCAUCUACACCUCUGAUAACGGAUACCACACAGGUCAGUUCUCUUUGCCCAUUGACAAGAGGCAGCUGUAUGAAUUUGACAUCCGGGUCCCACUCAUCGUCCGCGGUCCUGGCAUCAAACCCAACCAGACACUACAGGCUCCAGUGCUGAAUAUUGACCUGGCUCCCACCAUUCUGGACAUAUCUGGUGUCAACCUGACAACUCUGAAUGUGGAUGGGCAGUCGUUCCUCUCUCAGAUGGCCCCAACGCUGCGUAAUGGCACUGCACGCCCCUUUUUCCUUGUUGAAUACACCGGAGAGGGACAUGAAAAAACUGACCCUGAAUGUCCUAAACUGGGCCCUGGACUUUCUCAAUGUUUCCCGGACUGCGUGUGUGAAGACGCCUACAACAACACCUACGCCUGUGUCAGGACCCUCGACAAGGAACACGACCUGCAGUACUGCGAGUUCGCAGACAGUGAGUCGUUUGUAGAAGUGUACAACCUGACGUCAGACCCCCACCAGCUGGAGAACAUCGUGAAGUCGGUGGACCCGGCCGUCCUGCAGGCGAUGAACCAGCGGCUCAUAAAGCUCCAGUCCUGUCAGGGCAACAGCUGCCGGGACGUCAAGUAAAGCAGAGUCAGCGCUCUGUCAAAGCUGCUUCGUGCCCUCAGUGGAAGACGGGUUGGUUCAUCUGACCAAAUUAUACCACAAGUAUGAUAGCUGGAUCAGGCUUUUUAAUGACCAUGUUUCUUGUGUUGUGACAUGUCUUCGUAGGAAAAGCACUGGUGUUAAUUAUAAAAAGGAAGGAUGGCUAGAUUCUGCUAGUGCCUAUUUCUUGGUUGGGAAGGAAGAAAUUGUCCUUAAAGUAAUAUAAAUAGUGCUUGCACAACUACAAGGAUUUUUUUGUACAGACCCUCCAGAAUAAAGCAAAUUAGCAUAUUUCCCAAAUGUUUCCUUUUAAAUAUAUUCCUAACACCUGUGUUUCUCUUACAAUGGCAUGCCAAAAUGUUUGCUAUGAAAAUGUUCCGUCUGUUUUCCCGAGCUGUGCUCAUACAUCUCGCAUUAAGUUUACUAUAUGUUAUUUUAAGAUAACUCCUUACCCAGUUUAUAUGGUGCAGAUCUUCCGUCAGUCAGUCCUUCUUGUUCUGCAUCUCUACGUAUGAACUGAAUAAAACGCUUUUUAAUGAUUUUUACCAUUAUUCAAGGUUCAAAUGCCAAACUAAAAUGUUUGUUCAAAUGACACAUAACCAAAUAUUCACUUGUACACUGUGGAUGUCAUGUAUUCAAUCAUCUCUAAGGGAAUAGUUUUAUAUGUUAGGAGUGGGAAAUGAGAAGAUUGAAGCCACUCCUAUGUCUGUCUGUCCAUAAAAAGUAGAUGGUAAACUCACUUAGCACAAUAAAGACAUUUGGAAAUAGGGGAAACAACUAGUCUGGUGGUGUUCAAAGGUAAACAAAAUCCACCUAGCUGCGGCUUUAUAGCUCACCAAUCAAAAUGUCAUAUUGUUUGGUUAAUUCAGAUAGAAACUGGGUAGAAAUAACAAAUUGCAACUUUAUCAAGGAAUAAUAAAGGAAUAGGACUGUUUCUUGAGUCCCUGAAUUUUGCUUGGAAGGAAAUAGACCAACUGAAAAAAAAAACAAUAAAACUACUAUUUGUCGUUUUUGACAGGUCAGUUUGUGUAUAAAUUAAACAAACAAUUUUAAACUUUAAUGGUCAUGCUACAUUUAUUUGGUUACCUUUGCACAGAGCCAGGCUUGCUGUUUCCAGUCCUUUUGCUGCUGGCUUUAUCUUCAUUUUCAUCGUGAAGACCUUCAAUUCAAACUCUUUGCAAUAUUAUCUAUGCAUGGUAAAGCUCUUUUCUGAAUAUUUGUAACUCAUAUUUUUAUAUCUAUUCAGCAGUACUUGAGUUCUGACACAAAGGCUUUUUUAAUUGGACAUCGUGAUGUGUUGGAUUAUUUCUCCUUUUUGUGCCUCAGAUUUAAAGACUUAACACCAUUUUAGUUUUUCAAUCCUGAUGUUUGUUUAUUACAAUAUUUUACACUGUUAUUAGUAACAUUUUUAUUGAGCCUUUUUAAACAGAAAGAUGGAGAAAGGGCUGUGAUACUUUUGAGAUAUGUUGAGGAUUUUGUAAUUGUGAGAAAGGGGAAAUUGUACCUGGUACCAUAUGAAAUGAACGCUUUGAUCCUGUGUGCCUUGUGUUUGCACUGACGAGGCUCACGUGCCUUAAAUGUGAAUGUAUUUGCAAUGUGAUUAAAUUAAAAAUAAAUCAAAAGAAGCAUUUAAA